AUGCCCCGUUUUAAACUCUCUCCAGAGACCCCUUCUGAACCCCAUCAACAAUGUACCCCAAUAUCAUCACCGAGUCAGAGGUUCCUCGGCGGCACCCGCUGGAUGGUGCUCUAUUUCCACGAGCCGAUGGGCCUGCGCAACGUUGGGGUUCUGAAGCUGGUACUUGGGAAGCUCGAAAGAUACGACAAUAAAUGCUUCACAGAAGAUCCUGGCGAUGACUCCUUCAUCUACAAAUUUGAAGUUGACAUCCCAGCUAGUGUGGAAUCUCAGAAGGGCUGUCAUAAGACGGCAGUUAAUUCCAUCUCCGAUCAGCUGGUGGACGUCGUUUACUUGUAUGAUACGUCGGAGGCUGAGAAGGCUGUUCAAUAUUUUCAGGAGAAGGUAAAUCUUGCUCGUUUCAAGGAGGAGCUUCAUCAGAUGAGGGACGUGAGGAACGUUGCGUCCUCUUGGGUGCCGCUUAGCGUUGUGGAGAGCAGCGCUGGGAAGAGGACUGACGGGUCGGGUGAUUCUGAGGGAGAGAUUGAUGGUCCUUCCUUUGGUAGUCAGUCUGAGGACGGGAAGAACUCAUACCCAGAGUGGAUUUGA